CACGCUGGCCCUCACUGGGCAAGAAUGGCACCACCUCCCGGGCACUGCCUCCUUCUGCUGUGCGCCCUGGGCACCUUUGCACUCAGCCGCUUCACGAGAGGUCAGAAGAACAGCACGCUCAUCUUCACAAGGGAAAACACCAUUCGGAACUGCAGCUGCUCCGCUGACAUCCGGGACUGCGACUACAGUCUGGCCAACCUGAUGUGCAGCUGCAAAACCGUCCUGCCCUUCGCCGUCGAGCAAACCAGCUACAACGGCCAUCUGACCAUCUGGUUCACAGACACAUCUGCGCUGGGCCGCCUGUUGAACUUCACGCUGGUGCAGGACCUGAAGCUUUCCCUGUGCAGUACCAGCACUCUCCCCACGGAAUACCUGGCUAUUUGCGGUCUGAAGAGGCUUCGCAUCAACACCGAGGCCAAGCAUCCCUUCCCAGAGCAGAGCUUACUCGUCCACAACAGUGCAGACGGCGACGCCAAAGAGAAGCCCGUGUUGUUGCACAAAGGCUGGCAAACGUGUAUGUACAUCUCAUUCCUAGAUACGGCUCUUUUCAACAGGGACUCAUCCUUAAGAUCAUAUAGCGUUGAAAACGUGGCCAGCAUUGCCAACAACUUUCCUGACUUUUCUUACUUUAAAACCUUCCCAAUGCCAAGCAACAAAAGCUAUGUUGUUACAUUUAUUUACUAA